AUGGCCGGCAUCUUUCGUUCCAUCUACGAUUGGCUUCUGAGGAUGUUCUGGGCGACGGAGAUGGAUGUCACGAUGAUCGGCCUGCAGAAUGCCGGCAAGUCCUCCUUACUCCGAGUGCUCGCGGGCGGGGAAUUCACGGUUGAUUCAAUCCCCACCAUCGGCUUCAAUACCAAGCGGGUUCAGAAGGGCCAUGUGACCCUGAAAUGCUGGGACUUGGGCGGGCAACCUCGAUUUCGUCCGAUGUGGGAGCGGUAUUGUCGGGGUGUGAAUGCAAUCGUAUACAUUGUAGAUGCGGCUGACAAGGCGGCAUUGCCUGUGGCAACGGAAGAAUUGCACGAGUUGAUGCAAAAGCCAACUUUGGAUGGUAUCCCGCUCUUGGUGCUUGGCAACAAGUCGGAUCUUCCUGAUAAGCUGUCGGUCGACGAGCUGAUCGAUGCGAUGAACCUCAAGUCCAUCACUCGCCGUGAAGUGAGCUGCUAUGGCAUCAGUGCUAAAGAAGAGACCAAUCUGGACGCUGUACUGCAUUGGCUCAUGGCCCGUGCCAGUCGGUAG